UCUCGGUCGCUGGAUUCUCUCGAAUGACGUGACGCUUGUUUCCCGUGUAAUAUUGUUGAGACGGUCGUGUUCCGACGAGAAUAGCUAGUCAAUUUGUAUCUUUCGCGUCCGUUUCUAUCUUUUCUUUGCUUUUUUAUGAUACGAAACUUUGUACGAUUGCCGUCGAAGGUUCGUCCCAUCGUACGAAAAUGAGUUCUCAUGGAAAAGUAGAGACUGACAGGCUCAGGAAGAAUCUGGAGGAACAAUUGGAUCGGCUUGUGCAACAGCUAGAAGAUCUGGAAGAUAACAGAGUCACACUCGAUGAAAUAGAUUAUCAAGAAUGUAAAGAAGAUACCAUGGAGCAGCUUCGUGAAUUCAAUGAAAGUCUACAAAGGAUGACAUCCGGAGAUAUGACUUUGGUUGAUGAGCUUGGUGCGAUGCAAUUGGCAACUCAAGCAGCAAUCAGUGCAGCCUUCCAAACACCAGCUGUAAUAAGAAUGUUUGGUAAACGUGAGCCGACUUUACUUAAAGAACGUCUCACUGAAAUCGACCGUGAUGUGAAACUAGGAAAGUUAAACAACGAAGCUGCUGAUUGUCAACGUGGAGAGAUAAUGAGUGCUUUGAGGCAACUUGGUGAAAAGUUAGAGCCAUCUGAACUACAGUUGUUGGAACGGUUAUCCUUAAAUAGUAUAGAUACUGCCAGGUAUGUGCAAGUCACGGAAACAACAGGGAAGGGUAAAAUGGCUCUAGACAUAGUAGGUAAGGAAGUUAAAGCUACGCAAGAUACUUGA